AUCAGCUGGUUUGGAGACGCGGGAUGUUUCACUCAACAUCUGAGCCAUGGAUCCUCCUGACAGCAGGGUGGAUUUAAGCAAAGGUCUGGAGGAUAUUCCGGUUUUUAUCCACAUGGACUCGGCUUCACUGACGCUUCCUCAUUUUCAGUAUUCUCCAGAGAACGUCCAGGGUCCGGGCUCCUCCGUCGACCCCAGUGAAGUCACCCUCCCCGGGUGCUCCUGCUGUUCCCACUCCUGCCACCCAGAGACCUGCUCCUGUUUGCAGACGACCGGGCGGGCGUACGAUGACACAGGUAAACUCCUAAACCUGAACAGACCCGACUCCGGGUACUGCUCUCCUGUGUUCGAGUGCAGCGCCCUCUGCACAUGCAGCGACUUCUGCUCCAACCGCGUGGUUCAGAGAGGGUUAAUUCACAGGCUGGAGGUGUUCAGAACCCAGAGCAGGGGCUGGGGUGUUGGGACACUCGAGCCCAUCCCACGGGGGGCGUUUGUAUGCGAGUACGCCGGGGAGGUGAUCGGGUUCGAGGAGGCCAGACGUAGACAGCUUCAACAAAAGCCUGAGGAUAAUAAUUACAUCAUCGCAGUACGGGAGCAUGCAGGCGAAGGUGGCGUCGGCGUCACUGAGACAUUUGUGGACCCGGCUGUGGUUGGAAACGUGGGGCGCUUCCUCAACCACUCCUGCAAACCCAACCUGCACAUGGUGCCGGUCCGUGUGCACUCUGUGGUUCCUAGACUGGCUCUGUUUGCAGACCAGGAUGUCGACGCUGGGGCGGAGCUGACCUUUGACUAUUCAGGAGGUCACGGUCAGUCUGAUGUAGAGACUGCGUCCACACAGGACGGACGGACAGAUGGACUCCAGAGGAAAAAGUGCUGUUGCGGUGCAGAGACGUGUACACGAUUCCUACCACUGGAUUUAUCUGUCCUCAAAUGACUUCUGGAACAAACUGUUCUGUUACUUGACAUUUUAGCUCUUUGUUAACCCUUUAACCCCUGACGUGUUUGUGACAAACAUUCUGACUGUAUAAUUUAUUUUAAAUAAUCUUAAAAGUUAAAAUUUGCCAAAAGGAAAAAUUCCAAAACACGCUGAUAGAAUAGAGCUUGUUCUUUCUAUAGAUGUCUGAGCAUGCUCAGUGCACCCCCUGCUGCCGAUGUAAUGAGGGUAAAACAGAGCAGAGAGCUGGCACCGACUUACUAUAAAAAUAGUCGAUUUGGGUUUUUUUGGUUUUCUUUACACCAUUUGCCUUGUUGUUAUGUUUUUUUACUGUUGUUCACAGUGUUGUUGUGAUUUUCCUUUUUUUUUUUUUUUUUUUUUUUACUGUGUUUUACUGUGUGUUGUCUGUCUAACUGCUUUAGGGAGUUCAACUAGAUGUCAAAAAUAUGGAAGAGGAUUACGGCCACUGGAAAAAAAAAAAUCUAAUUA